CCAAUUGACUGCUUCUGCUGUAUAUUUGGGCUUUUGCAAGUGCCUGGAGAGUAAUGUAUCCUGCUUCUCUCCAUUCGUGGCAGAGUCGAUUUCAAAUUGUUGUUGUCACUCCAGCGCAAGCACUGACCUUGUCCAUCGACUCCUCGUUUCCCAGCCACCAAACUCCUUUCUCCUGAUGUGAUGCCUAUUAUAGGACGCUUACCGAGCUUACACCGCUGUGAUACUAUCUUGCUGAGAUGCUGGGAAGGUUGAUACAGGGAUACUCAAGAGGUGGGCAGCUUGAGAGUGCGACCGAAGAGACUCACACUCGUACGCUCCUCUGGCCAGAAGUUAGCCCCGACGGUCGCUAUGGCUCCCUCUCCCCUCCAGCGACUCCCUUCGGCUCCCCAGUCCUUCGUGCUUCUCCUUUUGACGACCGAGCUGGCUUAGAUCUGAAUGAGACCAAAGACCUCCGAGUCAUCAUCGCCCAAGAUGCUUUUGGCACGCAUGAUCGUCCCAUGCUGCUAUAUGACACCCAGACUGCGGAAACAAUUUCAGGCGUUACUUCUCCUACAGAGUAUAAUGCUUCUCCUUUUAGCCAUACGAACACCCCCAAAGAUCCCCAUACUCCGAUCACUGGACAUAUACGGAAUAGGAGUUCUACAAUGUCUGGUUCUGCUGCCUCAUGGGCACGCCCACAUAAAGAUUCGGAACCCACAGAUCACCUCAGUAAUGUGUUGGACUGUAUGUUUGGAGUUAGUAGCGCCACAAAGUCUGGCGCAAGCACCAAAAUACAUGUCUUGCCGGGAGAGCGUGCCGCUGCGAAUAGUUCAGCUGGUCGAACACCAUCCUCGAAUGUCCAGAGUACAACUCCAAUGCGAGCGCCUUUAGUGAGAGCAAAGACUUCUGGGAACCCCGCCAUGACGCCUCGGCAGACUUCAUCACCCAAAGAAGCUGAGGUGGAAACUCGAGACUCCAUUUUGAUCACUAGGAUCUUCCCUGUUACUCUACCCGAGAGCAAGGAUGACUUGCGACAACAUCGGAGCUCCUCUGCUGGACAAAGCGAUGCAGCGAGUCCAUCCACUGCUGGACGAGAAUUGCACGAACAGGGGGCGCAAGGAAAGAAGCCUAAACUUGUUGAGAAGAAGACUCCCGUCUACGCCAUCGGGUUACUGUUCUAUCUCCCCCGCCACAGCGACAAUCGCCCAGGUACCUCUGCCGCCCGACCAGCUUCGAGGGCCUCAUUCAAUAGCAACUCUACUCCUGCUUCGUACGGAUCUGAUGCUUCAUGGAUUUUCCUGAAUGCAAUUCCCGAUCAUUUAUUUUCCCCCGAAGCAACGAGUCAAUCGACCGACAGAAGCAUGGGCAUUAUUGUUCAGAACUGGGACGUCAUUUUGAGAAGCCUUUCAGUUGUUGAACAGGUCGCUCGUGCUGAGAUUGGCGAAUUGUUACAGCAAGUGAAUCUGGCUAUGAUCUCCUCAGCUGCAAAGGCGCCAAAAGGGCCCUCUGAACAGCGGACCAAUCAACGCAACGUAUAUCUGAGAUCGCCCAAUUUGCUGGCUGAGGCCAGUCAUUUGCGCCCGCUGAUGAAACAUGCUCUGGGACGCAUCUCAUAUGCCCUAAGAAUCCCGCGGGUACUGACUGGGUUCGGCCUUGACAACGGAGGCCAUUGGUUGGACGAGGCACGGUAUCUCGUUCGUCUAUGCGGCAACAAGCAGCAAAACUUCUUCCUUUUCAACUUGUUGACUGCCUUUCUUGGGAACCAUACAGAGUGGCUUGAAAGGCUGGGUCCAGACUGGUACAGGAAACAAAUCAAAGCAUUGAACAGGUCUCGGAGUCCCUCGAGCAGCCUUGCCUCUCGCACUAUUAUCAUUUGCGACAACCGUUCAAUGGCUCGAAGGCUCAUUUUUCUGUUGGCCACUUUCCUGCCACGCUCAGUAGGAACAACGGCACUGGCGAAGGUUGGCGGAGAGUACUUGUCUCCAUUAUUGACACCCGAUAUUGAGUCAUCAUCUCCAGCGGGGAAGAAUUUUCGUGGAGGUUCAAUGAGGCGUCAUAUCCACACAAAAUCCCGGGAAGGUACAUUGGCUUUUUCUACUCGUGACAUUUCAAAUUUGUCGACCAGUGUAUCAUCGACAGAGAGCGUUGGUGGUCUGGGUAAAGCUUUGCAGAGCAAUUCACGCUCAGUCUUGUCGCGACCUGAGACGGAUCUGCUGGCCAGCAAGCAGCCGUCAGUGUUUACGCCUGAUGGAAAUGGCGCAGCUCAGAAGACGGACACUACGAGCUCAACUGCUACUCCGGGUGGAAGCACACCCGUCCCUUAUUUCUCCGCCAAGGCAGAUAGCUACUUCCCUGAUGGAGCUAUUGCAGAAGCCGAUGAAGGGAGUGCUAGUGCGGAUUUAGCCCGCAUUCUUCGAAGAGACAGUAUCAGUCAUCCUCAGAGUGGCCAAUCAAGCAUCAACUGGGGUUCAUUGAUCAGCAAUGUGAGUGGUUUAUGGAGUAAGAAGGGGAGUUCUUCCUCGUCCGCUGCUGAAGCAUCGGCUUCGUCUGCAGCCGGAAGUCUACGGGAUCGCAGGAAGAACGCCCCUCAAAAUGUUUCCAUCCAUGCGAGAAAACCGAGUCAGUUAGAGAGGAUGGUUAAUGAAGCGAGCAAUUUGCGCACAGGGGGAACGGAAAGUGAAAGUGGUCGUGCCGCUAUACCUAUAAAACGACCCCCGACAACUGGCAAGGAUGCCCAGCCACCCAGGCUCACGGUCGACGAUAAGGAUGGCGUGGUUGAUGUUGAUAUCAGCCUGCCAGGAUUUAUCGGCUGGACGGAGGGGAAAUUUGCGUCCCCAGCUUCGUCAUUCAGGCUCCGAUCGCCUUCGAUCACUAGUACGGAUGACGCAGGCUCUUUUCUUAGUCACAACUCCAAGCGCAAUGAUACUGCCGGCUCUAAGCCUCUGAAUGUUGCCGGUUUCUUGAGGCGAUAUCACGAAGAUUUCAUCCUUCAAGGUGUGAAGCCGUACCCAGAUCUCAAAGAAGAAGUCCGGCAAAGCAUGGCAAGGGAGCUCACGCCUCCAGAAGAUUUGCGCAGCUCGUUGCCAGAGGAGCGAGACGGGGAGUUGUGGGUUAAUGUUUGUACUACUCUCCUCGCGGACUGUCGUACUUUCACCAUUCAACGUCUCACAUUACAACGCCGAAUUGAAUACGAUAACCCAACGGACAAAAAAGAUGUCCACAACCCAAUAAUGAAGCCUCAGAGUGCUCCUUCUGAUUUACGAUACCGCCGGGCUCCUGUGUUCCAAAACGAAGCCUCGGAGCGCUUCGUCAGUGAAACCGUUAUGGACUUUGACUCUACGCUCACUGAUGCAAUUGAACGGGUGCUGAACGAAGCCGAGCAGUCGCGUCUUAAGUCAAUGACUCCAUCAAGAACGCAUUCAAGGGCUGUCUCCACUGCAUCAUCCGCCAGGUCCGAGCCUUUGGACAUUUCUGGCUCAAGUAAAACCAGAUACAGCUCGCGUUCCCUGAUGCUAUCUCAGACUGAAUGCCGCCAAGCAGUUGUCGGGGCUUUGGAGGAGGUGGUGAAGAGCGUCAAUGAUGAUUUAGCCAAGCACCACCGCUCCAAGGAUGCUGACGGCAGUUUGAAUCUCGACAGUAAAGCACUGGAACAAGAAAUGAAACAAGACAAUAUCCUGCGCGAAGGUGUGAAGAAAUGGCUACUCAACGUGGAGACACGGAGUGUGUGGUAGCCUUCUACCAAGAUUUGUACAUUUGACGACUGAUGAUUUUUGCGAGGACUGAUGUAUUUCCAGUCGCUCACGCUCACGAAGAUACCCUUUGAGCAAAUUUGUACCAUUAGUGAAGUUAGAAGACAGAUGUAACAUGACAAGAUGUGAGAAUAG